CGCUACUGUGAGAGCCGCUGGUUAAUUUACCAGCCCAAAGUGCUUAUUUUCAAUUAUUUUUUUUGUUAUUUCAAUUGAAACAAAAGGUUCUGCAUUAGUAUUAAAGAUAUCUGCCUAAUUACUGUUACAACGUCAAGUACAACGAAAACAAUAACGAAAACGACCAAAUGAUGAGCUCCAAGGAUAAAUCCAAGUUCAAAAUGUUUCUAAAGACAACAAAACCCGCAGGGGCAGCGGGAGAGCGCACCUUGCGACCAGAAUUCGAGAUUGAACUGCGACCAGAGCAACCAAUAGCGCAACGUUGCAAAAUGCUCAAAGAACUGGGCGAUCAGCAUUUGCACAACAUCAACUUGGACGAGGUGAGUAAGAGAGACAGUGAGAGGGGGACAAUAAAAUGUAAACAAAACAUUUUGCAGACAUCGAUUACCAAGCUGUGGCAUUUGACCAAUGAUCUGAUUGUGCCCAAUAAACCGGCGGAAACGCGACAAAUUGCCUUGAGCUUCUACAAGCGCCUCAUACACACACAAUACAAGAGCCUUACGCUGAUGCGAGAAAAGUUCUUUCUGGUCAUACAGAAUCACGAAGCCCGCGAAGAUUUGCGGCAUCUGCUCAAGCUGCUGAUCACGCUCACCGAGAACGGCAAAGACAUCACCAACUUCGAGGAGAAGAUUGGCAAAUUCAUGCUGCAUUGGAUGCCCGAUGUGAAAGAGGCCCAUCAGCUGUCCCCCUAUCUGGACAUGCUGAUCAAUCUGAUCAAAUUCAAUGCAGCACAUUUAGACAAAGACAUUCUUGUGGGAAUUGUAGAGAAUGCCUGCAAAUUGAGCUACACUGAGCCGGACGAUGACAUUGGACUGCAGUGCUUGACCAUUCUGGAGUUGGUAAUUGGCUACACUAUCUUUCCUAGCGAGACGCUGCAUCAAUGCAUUGUCACCUUGUGCUGGACUGUGAACCAUGUGCGAUACUGUCAUGCAUCCUAUAAGAUCAUGAAGAACCUGUUGGGCACUCAGCUGGGAUUUGAUUCCAUGAAACUGAUGUGCUGCAUACUCAACGAUCGCUCGCAGUACAGCGAUGGACAGUUGCUGCGUGGCGCCGUCUUUCAUCUCAACAUCAACAUCUUUGGCUCGAACAUGAUCUUCCAAGUGUCACCCAUGAAUUAUGCGACCAAUGUGCUUAAAGGUUUCCUCAACGCUUUGGAGAGUCGCCAGGUGAUCGUAACAUACGAGGUGAUUCUCAGCGUGCGCAUGGUGAUCACCAAGCACAAGCUGUCGGAGAUCAUUUGGGAUCUCAUCUGUGAUAUUAUGUCGGCCAUCGUAGAUAACAUUGAGUAUUACGAACGCUCUGGUGUUAACAACGAUAGCUUGGCGCAUCUGCAGAAGAACUUCCACGAGAACAUCGACUGCAUUGAGAAGCUGCUGCAGGACGAUCGUGCGCCCAUUCUUGGCAAUGUGGAUCGCAUCUAUGACCUCAUCGAACGCGUUGCCGAGCGUCGCUCGGAGGCUUCGGUGCUGGGCUUGAUCGAGUAUCGCACACGUCGAGUGACUGCCACACGACCCGAAUGGCUGCAGACUCUGACGCAAUUUGUGCGGCGAUAUUAUCGCAUGUCCAAUGUGAAUGUGCGCAUCAAGACCAUUGAGUCGCUGGUGCAGAUCAUGAACCAGAAUCGCUCCGGCUACGAAGAGGAAAUACUCGAUCGAGUCGUUGUCACGCAGCUGGCGCAAAUUCAUCAGGAGCCGAGUGCCCAAGUGCGUAUGGCUGUGGCGCGUGCGUUGUGCAAUUUUGCGGUGCAUUGCGACACCAAGCGUUGCAUGGAACUGCUCGACAUACUGGAGACCCUCAUCAAUCGACCCUUCGAGCACAUGCGACAGGUUGCGUCUGAGGGUUUGGCCUCGGAGUUGGGCAACAGUGUCAUUGUGAAGAGCGAGACGGAGAUUGGAGACAUUGUGGCCGCAGUCAGCGGUUUGAUUGAGGUGUUUGUGGUCAAGCUGCAUCGUCUGCCAGCUGCGCAUGCCAUCAAGAUAUUCAAUAUACUCAUGGAUCACUUGGAACUGCACUACGAUCGACCCAAAGUCUUUGAGCAAGCGAGCAUAGUGCGCUUGAAGAUCUUCAACUGGAUGCUGAAGGCGCGAGCCAAUUCCUCCUAUCACAUUGGCUAUCCAGACGGCAAUAGCGACGUGGUCAAGUUCAGUCAUUAUCUGGGCAUCGAUUCCGCGUUGCCGCCGCAAACACAAACCACAACCAUUUCCAUACGUCGCGCCUGCAAAUUGAUUGUGCGCUGUCUCGAACAGGACACGGACUAUCAGGUCUUUCAGCUGGUCAUCAAGGAACUGCCCAAGGUGCUGCAGAACAAGGCAUUGAUUCAGGGCAACGACAUCGAGGAGCUGGCAAAGACUCUGUUCAAAAUCAACUCGAGCAGCACCAAUAAGUUCAAGCGACCCACCGAUGAGUUUGACGCUCUUGUUCUGCAGGCAAUCGCCUCGCUGGUCAUCUACUACGAGUGCAUGCAGUCGACGCAUCACAACAAGAUCAUUGCCGCUCUCAAGUCGCGCAUCCUCACGGGCACCUACUCGGCCAGUGUUUGCAUCAACACGCUCACUAUUCUGAUGCUCGAGAUGCCCGACGCUUUGAUGCGCACCCUGCCCGAUGUCCUGCUCCAGAUGAGCCGCAUGUCCGACACCAACACAGUGGCAAUACCCGUUCUGGAGUUCCUAUCACUGCUGAUCCAUCUGUCGAAUCAUCUCUUCUCCAACUUCACCCCAAAGCAGAAUAUGUACGUGUUUGCUUUGUCGUUGACUUAUACCAAACCGCAUCGCUAUGAUCAUUACACCGUGUCUUUGGCGCAUCACGUCAUCGCCGGCUGGUUUCUCAAGUGCAAGCUGGAGCAGCGUCGCAACUUUGUGGGCUAUAUCAAAUCGUCGAUGCAAUCGAAUGCACAAAUGUUGUACAAUGAUAUUGUGAACAUCAACUCGCUCAACGUGAAUGAGGAUUCAUCGAAUCGCAAGCGCAGCACCAGCUUAACAGAGCGUGGCAGCCGAAACAGUGCAGCGACCAGAAAUGACUCUGAGAUGCGUCCAUUGAUGAACAACAGUUUGCGCACCUUUCACGCUGAGCUCGCCGAGACUUGCUUCGAUUUUCUGGAGCGUCACACUUUCUCGCCAUGUCCCGCGUUGCCUAAGCGCUUGCCGGCAAUUGAUUAUCUGCUGAAGGAUGGCGUCUCGCAGACGUGGUUGGUGGGUCACAAUCUAAUCACCAUCACCACCUCGGGCUGUCCCUCGGGUCCCACCCGCAACGGACUAUGCGAGCGUUGCACGCAGCUGGGCAAAGCGCCCAGCAUCAGUCUCAACUCAAAGAACCUUAACGAUGGAGCGGGAGAACCAACACUGUCGCCGGAGCAGGAGCGACGCUACACGAAGCUGAGUCUGCAGCACAGCAGCGGCAACGAGAGCGCGGGCAGCACAGAGCAAACCUCAUCGUCAUCGGCCUCCAAUUCGGGUGCGCAUCCGCAUCGACAGAUCUCGAACAGCUCAACAGCAUCGCUGGACACGUACUCGCGACGUGGUUCCAAUCCGGAGGCCAGCAAUCUGGUCGAGGGUUCACACACGGGCAGCAACACAUCGCUGCUGGGCAACUCGAUGUCGUUGUCCACAGCCAGCAUGGGUCCUGGAGGUGGUUCCAUCCAAGGUUCCUUCGUGCAGCAGCCGGUAUGUGUGCGUUCCUGCACUGGCUGGGCGGAGAUUUACAUAAGGCGGCCGACGGGCAACAUUUCAUGGAUCACACGCAUACAGAAUCCCAUAACGAGCGAUUGCUUUGGCCAGGAUCUGCCGUUCAACAGCAUGGUAUCCAUGUUUCUGCCCACGUCGCAUGGCGGCGUCUUUGGGCCCGACAAUCUGAUGCAGCCGCAGCAGGAACAGCUGCUGCAGCAACAACAACAGCAGGAACAGCAGCAGUUGCAGCUACAAAAGGAGCAACAGGAGCUGCUACAGAAGGAACAACAACAUCAGCAGGCAGCUGCUCGCCAAGAGCCAGCAGAGGAGCUGGAUCAGAUCACGCCAACUGCGAGCGAGAUGCGCAAACGCAUGAUGGCCAAGGCGCGUGCACUGCAACGCCAGGAGGAAAUCCACCACUCGGUGAGCAUUGCCAGCAACAGCGGCGUUGGCGGCACAGCUGCCAUCGAUAUACCCAUGGCUCGCAUGGCGGGCAAACGGGGCAAGGAUGCGGCGCUGAGCGGUUCAGUGAGUGAUGGCGAGGCAGAUGACGAUGUGUUGGCCUUUGGCGAUGCGCAGAGUCGUGCUCGCAAUCCUGUUCGACGGGUCAACUCCAGUCCCGAGAUGAGUUCCAGUUGGCGUCAGGCAAUCCUCGCAGCCAAACCGGCGCCCUUAUCCAGUAUGGGUGGCGUGCUGGAGCCGGAGAUGGUGCUGCACGAGCAGGAGCCACAACUGCCCGCCACGGGAGCCAAGAAGAAGAACGUGCAGUACAGCACCAAAGAUAUGCGCGUCAGCUGUGAGGCAAUACCCGAAGAGAUUGCCGGCUCCACUCCACCCCAGGCACAAGGCUUGCAACCAGCUGCCGCAGCUGGAGCGGGAGCGGGCACUUUGCCUCCCAAGCAGCACUCGGCAGAUGAUGUGAGCAGCCAGGUGGCACAGGUGCAGACCUCCGCCUCGGCAUCCUCGCUCAAGCUGGGCAAGCCACCGCUCUCACCUGGCCAAGUGGCGACGCCAGCGGCCGCAGCGCCGGCUGCAGUAAGCGCUGCCAAGCAGACGCUUGCUCCCGUGGCCGCUAAGUUGACGAGCUAUGUCAAUGCCUCGCUGGGAUUGGCCAAAUCCAACAGUAGUGGCGGCAACAACGAUGGCGACUAUAAUAAUGGAGGCGGAGAUAUGAUGCGUGGCCGAUCGAAGACCAUUUCCGUGGUGCGUGAGGUGAACAAUGGGAAAGCGCGUCCACCGGCGCCGGCUGUCAGCAGCUUUCGGAGCUUUGGCGCGACCAAACCACCGAUAAGCGCCAAGCUGUGCAUGAAUCCCAGUUUUGUGUUCCUGCAACUCUACAGCACCGGGCAGCUGGAAGUCACCGAGACGCCGCUGAAGGUGGGACCCGAGCAAUCCAGCGCAUUGUCGCUGCUCGAUCUUGUGCCGCCGUUCGAGACGCACAAGAUCGGUGUGCUCUAUGUGGGUCCCAAUCAGUGCAACAACGAGGUGGAAAUCUUGCGCAACUCUCACGGCAGCACACGCUAUGUGGACUUUUUGCGCAGCAUUGGCACCUUGGUUAGCCUCAAGGAUGCUGAGGCGAAUAAUCUGUUUAUUGGUCUGGACAAGAGUGGAGCUGAUGGCAAGUUUGCCUACAUCUGGAAGGAUGAUAUACUACAGGUCACCUUCCAUGUGGCCACGUUGAUGCCCACGAAUCUGCAGGAUGAUCCCAAUUGCAACGAAAAGAAGAAGCACAUUGGCAACGAUUUCGUCAAGAUCAUUUACAACGAGAGCGGCGAGGAGUACAAUCUGACCACAAUAUCGGGCCACUUCAACUACGCCUGCGUCAUUGUUGAGCCGCUGGAACUCAACUCCAAUCGGGUUUAUGUGAAGGCGCGUUCCGAGAUCUCCAAAUUUGUCUGCCAUCCAGAGCCUCGCAUCGUUUCCGAUCGCAGUGCGCCUUUGCUCGCUCGCCAGAUGGCACUUCAUGCCAAUCUUGCCUCACUGGUCUAUCAGAGCGUGCAGAAGAAGAAUCCAUACGCCUCCAACUGGUUGGAAAGGUUGCGCAAAUUGAAGCGCUUGCGAUCUCAGCUAAUUGAACAACAAGUCAAGCAGCAACAAAGCAAACAGCAGCAAAGCGGCAACACUACCAGCGGCGGCGGCAUCGCUUCCUCCUCGGAAAUUGACGAUCAGCGUGCAGACUUUACCAAAUUCACAUAGAUUCUAGUUAUUAUUAUACAUAGUUGCUACAGACACCAGACACUCGACACAUCAGAUCUAGACACUGACUUGUACAUUUUCGGAAAAUUUAUAAGCUACGAGUUGCAGAGUGGAUAUAUCGAACCCAUCUACAAUACAACAACAAUACAUACUAUUAUACAUAUAAUUUAUAGCUGCAUUAUGUAGAUAAUUUUAUUAUAUAUUGGCUUUCAUGUUUCGUAAAGCUUUAUGAUCAUAUAUUAGCAAAUUUAACGCGUUGCAUUGAGUUUUUAGCACAGAUUUGAGGAAUCCUAAGAGCAAAUGGAUUUACUUAUAUAUACGGAGGACAUAUGAAUUUCGAUGCUUAAUAAUCGUAUUAUUACAUUAUUGAAAUGCCGAAGAUAUUUAAAACUGACAUUUCCUAUCAACAAAACAGAUCUUAAUGAACAAAACAGAAGAUCUUUGAUGCCGUUAGCAAUCUAAAAAAUUUGUUAAAUUUGCCGACUCUUUUGAAGGGUUCUUCCGGGUUUUAUUUCAUAACAAUCUUUUUGCAAUUACAAAUAAUUAAAAAACAAAAAUUGGCAAAACUUUCAAUUGAUAAAUUACUAGACGCAUUCUUUCUUCUCGAUUUUUAUAUAUGAAAACGAUAUACACUAGUUGAAUAUGUCAAAUACCGAUACAUAUAGCUUCAUUUUGUUGAUUCUCUUGUAAAUUAUUCUAUUUUAUCAUAUUAUCUCUUUAAAAUCUUUAAGCUAUUGCACAAGCAAGUAUUUAGAUAUGAUCCAUUUGUAGUUGAAAUAUUAGAAAUCUCAAUUGGAAUGCUUAGAUCACAA